GACAGAGCAUGCAGCAAUAGCUUCCGGUGUGCUGUUAAAACAGGUCCCCGCUUCCUGUGCAACAUUCGGCGGCUAGCUGGUUCCGGUGUGAUCUCGGCAGACUGACAGUUUGCGGCAUGUCCUUCUCCCUGUUGAGCCGCCUGUGUGCAGCCAGCCCCAGCAGGGGAGCCGGGAGUGUGAGAUGGCUGCACAGAGUGUACUGCUCCGCUGCUUAUCAACCGUGUGUUCCAAAGAAGCGACUUUUUACCAGAGACAGAAGUGAUCCAUGGCGUUUGUCAGGCUUCUGCAAACAAUUAUGUCCUGUUGGUAUGAUGCACACCACUUCACAUACUGUAGAUCCUCUGGAGAUGAAGAAAUUCCAGGCAUGGUCAUCAAAAUGGUGGGAUGAGGAAGGAGUCUACUCUCCCCUCCAUGCAAUGAAUGAAAUUCGUGUGCCCUUCAUAAGAGACAUCCUUAUGAGCAAGGACUACAAUCACGAUGUUGGGUGUCCUCUGGCAGGUGUGACCCUCUUAGACGUUGGCUGUGGAGGAGGAAUUUUGUCUGAGCCACUUGGUAGACUUGGAGCUAUAGUUACAGGAAUAGACCCUUUGGAGGAUAACAUUAGAACCGCAGAACUGCACAAAUCCUAUGAUCCUACCCUUGAACACAUGAUACAGUACAGAUCAUGCUCAUUGGAAGACAUUGUGGAUGAAAACAAGCAAUAUUUUGAUGCCGUUGUAGCAUCUGAAGUUAUAGAACAUGUGGUUGACAAGGAAUUAUUUAUCCAGAACUGCUUCGAUUUACUAAAGCCAGGUGGAUCUCUUAUUAUUACAACUAUCAACAAAACCAAGUUAUCCUAUGCUUUAGGUAUAGUGGUAGCUGAGAAGAUUAUGGGCCUUGUCCCAGAGGGCACUCAUGACUGGGAAAAAUUUAUCUCUCCAGAGGAAUUGGAGCGGAUUUUAGAAUCAAAUGGUUAUGUUGUAGAGACCCUAAGGGGAAUGUUGUACAAUCCACUGUCUGGUUCUUGGAGCUGGAUCGAGGACACCAACAUUAACUAUGCCAUCCAUGCCGUAAAAACUGUUGCUCAGAAACAGUCUACAGAUAUAGGGAUUGAGCGUGAGUGGGAGAAACCUAAGGCAGCACAAGCUUUUGCAUGAAAACUCUUUGGAAAUAAAACCAUGCCAGCCUCCUGUUACACCACAUCAACAAAGAAGAAAUGCCUGUGAAAAUAGUGUGCAGAAGCUAUAGACUUUGUUAUGACUACUUACGUAAAUCUAGUAGCUUUCAAAAAUA